GAGAUUGGCUCCCCUUGACCGUAUAAGGCCUCUACCCAUGAUCCUCUCCUCUUCACCAUUUUUCCUUCUUUCGGGCGGCCGCAGCCAUGAAGGUCGAGCUGUGCAGUUUCAGUGGGUACAAGAUCUACCCCGGACACGGGAGGCGCUACGCCAGGACCGACGGGAAGGUUUUCCAAUUUCUUAAUGCAAAAUGCGAGUCGGCAUUCCUUUCCAAGAGGAAUCCUCGACAGAUAAACUGGACUGUCCUCUACAGAAGAAAGCACAAAAAAGGACAGUCGGAAGAAAUUCAAAAGAAAAGAACCCGCCGUGCAGUCAAAUUCCAGAGGGCCAUCACUGGUGCGUCUCUUGCUGAUAUAAUGGCCAAGAGGAAUCAGAAACCUGAAGUUAGGAAGGCUCAACGAGAACAAGCUAUCAGGGCUGCCAAGGAAGCAAAAAAGGCUAAGCAAGCAUCUAAAAAGACAGCAAUGGCUGCUGCUAAGGCUCCCACAAAGGCAGCACCUAAGCAAAAGAUUGUGAAGCCUGUGAAGGUUUCUGCUCCCCGAGUUGGUGGAAAACGUUAAGUUGGCAGAUGAAAAUUUAAAAUAAAGAUCUGACUAUAACUAGA